ACUAUUUGGCAGUUUAAUGAUACGUAAAACUAUUUAUUUCCAGAUGUUGUUCACCUGAUCAUUGGUAAAACAUCUGAGAUUCUACCUGCAGAGCACUCUUCCCCAUAGCAAUAACUGCAUAAAAACAUUCUCUACAGAAAAAAGAAAAAUAAUGUUGUUUAUAUCAGGAUUGCUUUUAGAUGACUGUUUCUGGUUGUAAUAAAUUAAGGUGACUGCUGGUUUUUGUUACUGCUAUUCCUGAAAAUGGCUUUUCGAUUUAAUUUUUCUAUUGAUGAAUAUGACAACAAUGAAGCAGACACUCAUGAUAAGAUGGACUUACAACUGCACUCUCCAAAACACAAGCAGAAAUCCACAGAAAAAAAUAGGCAAGCUGCUGAUGCUGUAGGAGACCCCAGCCCAAGGCUGGGUACCAGUAAUCACCAAGAUGAGAAACCAUCACAGAAAACUUUGUGCUUUAAAGUUGCCAAGGAGCAUAACAUACCUGAAGAUCUCAACAAAGUAUUGGAAAAUAAAGUCAUGGAAACAGUAUCAGGCCUGUAUUACAUAAACAUGUCUGUAGUGGAAAUGAAAUGCUUGGGUAAUGCUGAUGAAGAAGGCAUUGUGUCUAAAAGUGUUUCUUCUCAUUCUGAUCUCAUCCCGGGAGUCUAUGAGGGAGGACUGAAAAUUUGGGAAUGCACCUUUGAUCUUAUAGACUACUUUUCUGAGGCUGAAAUACAAUUCGCCAACAAGACUGUAUUGGAUCUUGGCUGUGGGGCUGGUCUGCUGGGAAUAGUUGCUUUAAAGGGUAAAGCUGAAAAAGUCCAUUUUCAGGACUACAACAGCACAGUGAUUGAUGAAAUAACUUUGCCUAAUGCAGUGGCUAACUGCAUAAGGACAGGCAGUGGAGGUGACACUAAAACUAGCCAGCCUCCUUCAAAGAGGCCCAAGAAAGCAGAGCAUCUACCUGAUGUGCUCACCAGAUGCAGAUUUUUUUCUGGAGAGUGGUCUGAAGUCAGCCAGCUUCUGUUAAGCAGCAAGAAACCCUUUUCAAAGUACGAUGUAAUACUCACAUCUGAGACUAUCUAUAAUCCCGACUACUAUGGUUCUUUGCAUGACACACUGGCUCAGCUCUUGGAUAAAAAUGGCCGGGUGUAUUUGGCAAGCAAAGAACAUUAUUUUGGGGUUGGUGGUGGUAUCCUCCUCUUUGAGAAAUUCAUUGAGGACAGAAAUGUGUUUAAGACCAGCACAGUUAAAACAAUUGACAAAGGACUGCAGCGGUGUAUUAUUGAAAUGGCCUUUAAAGAGUCCAGUUAAAAUUCAACCACUGGUCCUUCAGAAAUAUGCUGAAGACAAAACGUUUUAUUCCUCAUGUCUCUGCUUUUUCCUCUCUUGAGUUAUUCUGGUUUGAUAGAUUAAGGAUGCUAGUUAUUGAGAUGUUUGACAAAUUCUGAUGUCUGACUAGAAGUGAAGGACUCUUCUGAAUCUAAUUUUGGACAGAAAAGGAGUUCUGCUUAAACCUACGUCUGUUUAUGCCAAUUAAUUAUCAUUUACAUGUAUUUUUAAAUGAAGUAAGUCACUGUCCCCUGUCCCUGACUCUAAUGCUUUGGCAGUGCCAGAACUGGAAGUCACAGGAGCGGCUGCUGAGUGCAGCCUCAACGAAGAUGAUUUAUCAUCCUCAUGUGGUGGGAGAAGCAGCUCCCGGCGGUCAGGCUCCCAGCUCUGAUACGGUUUAACUGCAGCAUCAGGAUUUCAGUGGACUGCAUGCCUAUGUGCUCUGCUGCUUUGCCACCAGAGGGCGAUAUGACUGUAUUUAUCAUUUGCCUUCUAUUCUGCUAGCAAUUCCACGAAAUCUUUUGUCAUGUUUCCAUAUAUAACACACACGAUUUUUAUUCAAGCCUUUGAAAAACUGCACCAGAGACUAUUUACUACUGUGGUCUGUGAAUUUUCACGUUCAGAUUUUGACAUGCCACUCUAAGAAAAUUUCAGAAAAUAAUUGGGAAAAGCUGUACUGUUUUCAGAAAUAAAUAAAACGUUUCUAUUUUAGAA